GGGGGCCUUGAUCCAGGGCACCAGGUGUUUCCCUCCAAUAACCAGCCAGAGCACCCCACCAGCAGACCAUACUGAUAGCUGCAAAAGAGCCCCACCCCCGGCCCUUGCUCUCUUCCUUCAAUAUUUGAUCCUAGGACCCUUUUCCUGGGAGCUGCAUAUCUCCUCUUGCUCACACUGUUCUCCUGUCCCCAAGGGCCCCCUGCCUGGACCUCCAGUGAGCUGUGCUCAUUGCUUCUCCCCACCAGGAAUGCCCCCCUCCCCUGGACUAUCUCAAAUCUCCCGAGGCCCUCCUCUGGGCUUCUUGUGAGCUUUCCUAAAGUCAGGACCCUCGACAGAGCUCUGAGGUAGACCCAGACUCUAGCCCAAGAAGCUGAAUAACCCUCUCAGCCUCAGUUUUCCCGUCUGUGAAAUAGGAACGUUAGCGCCUACCCCCCUCCUUGUGGAGACACUCCGUCACUCCUUCCCCAUUUUCACCCUCUCUCCGCACUUAGCACUCAGGAAGUGCACGGAACACUUGCUAGGUAAACAGCAGAAACCACGCCCCGAUGGAGAGAGGGGAGAGAUAACCCCAUUACCGCCAGCCUCAGUGGGGAAAUGUUUGUGAGCGUGUGAAGUCCCACGGGAGGGAGGGGUGACCCCAUCCAGCGCUUGUGGCCAGGUUCUCAGCAUCACUUUGACCCUGGGAAGUGGGUAGGUCUGGAAUUAUUGUCCCUAUUUGAAACUUGGGGAAACUGAACGCUUCAGAAUUUGGGGACCCCAGCCAGGCGAGACUGGAAUGGACUCAGACACUUGACCGUCCUCACCCCACCUGGGCACGGGGGGUGCAGGGAGGGGUCGAGGAGUUGGCAGGAGGCGGCAGAGUAGCCGAUGGGAGCCGGAGGAGGGGUGGGGUGCGCCCCGCCGGGAGCCAGGGUAACGUGACCGCCGAGGUCCGCCACCACGUGGGCCGCGGACCUGGACUCUCCUUCCGGAUGCACCAGACCUGCGUUGGUCACAGGUCGCCCCCUGGGCCCUUUGUUACCGUCUCGCCACCUCCCUACCGGGCCCAUUGCUCUCCCUCCUACAGUGCAGCCCAGGCCACAGUUCCCGGCGGCCCUUGCGGGGGACAGGUGAGCUGCUCCCAGAUGGAUUGCCGGAGACCGUGCCCAGGCUCUGAGCUGCUCUAGGUCUGCGGACGGUUGUGGGCCGUGGACAUGGCCUUUGUCCUGCAUGUCCCUGAGACCCCAGAGGAUGCGGGCCAGGAGCCCAGCCCCUACGACGAGGCGGAGGUACACAACUCCUUCCACCAGCUCAUCCAGGAGCAGAGCCAGUGGGUGGCCGCGGCGGGGCCUGAGUCAGGGCUGGAGCUGCAGGAGAGGGAGCCGGAGGCCAGAACCCCUGGGGCCCCAGAUGGUGGCCACCAGGCUGUCCCAGGGCCUGAGGGCGCUCCUGUGUACAGCGCGGCCACACUCCGCAUCCUGGCCAACAUGCCCAGCCGUACCAUUGGCCGCAGCCGAGGCGCCAUCAUCUCCCAGUACUACAACCGCACGGUUCAGCUGCGGCGACGGGGCAGCCGGCCCCUGCUCAGCACCGCCCGGCCCAGCCUCCGCCUGCGUGACCUGGAGCUGGACCCCAAGGCCCUCCAGGAGGAAGAGAAGCGGAGCCUCCUGGUCAGGGAGCUCCAGGGCCUGACAGGGGCUCAGCGGGAUCACAUGCUCCGCCGGAUGCCCCUGAGCCUGGCCGAGAAGCGCUGCCUGCGAGAGGAGAGCCAGACCUUGAGGAGGAAGCAGAGGGGCCGGCAGGGACGGGAUGGGGUCUGGUCCUGCUGCAGCCGGCUCAAGUAUGGCUGCGUCCUGGCCUUGCACAACCUGGGGCUCUGGCUGCUGUCGGUCCUGCAGGCUCUGACACCCUGGCACUAUGCCCUGAAGCGGAUCGGGGGCCAGUUCGGCUCCAGCGUGCUCUCCUACUUCCUCUUUCUGAAGACCCUGCUGGCUUUCAAUGCCCUUCUGCUGACGCCCCUGCUGGCCUUCAUCGUGGGUGUGCAGGCUGCCUUCCCGUCUAGCCCACCACGCCCUGCCCCCACCUUUACGGGGCUGGAGCUCCUCACGGGUGGGGGCUAUUUCACCCACACCGUCAUGUACUAUGGCUACUACAGUAACACCACAUUGAACCAGCAGUGUGCUCCCCGACUAGAUGGCAAUCAGUGCACUCCUGCGAAGGGCGGCCUGCCCUACAACAUGCCCCUGGCCUACCUCUUCACCAUGGGCGUGGCCUUCUUUAUCACCUGCAUCACCCUGGUUUACAGUAUGUCCCGUUCUUUUGGGGAGAGCUACAGGGUGGGCAGCACCUCAGGCAUCCAUGCCAUCACUGUCUUCUGCUCUUGGGACUACAAGGUGACUCAGAGGUGGGCCUCCCGCCUCCAGCAAGACAACCUCCGGACCCAGCUGAAGGAGCUGCUGGCCGAGUGGCAGCUACGGCGGGUCCCCCGGAGUGUGUGUGGGCAGCUGCAGCGGGUAGCAGUGCUGGGCUUCGUGUGGUUGCUGUGUCUGGGGACCACAAUGGGCUGUGCCAUGGCCGUCUACUCCUUCUCAGAGUUCAUAAUCCGGAGACAAGUGGACGCUGGCCAGGAGGUGGCACUGCUGGCCUUGCCCGUGGUGGUGAGCCUCAUCAACCUGGUCGUCCCCUACAUGUACCGGGGGCUGGCUGCCCUAGAGCAGCAUGAGUCUCCAGUGCUGGAGGUGUAUAUGGCCAUCUGCAGGAACCUCAUCCUCAAGAUGGUCAUCCUGGGCAUCCUGUGCUACCACUGGCUGGGCCGCAGGGUGGGCGCCUUGAGGGGCCAGUGCUGGGAGGACUUUGUGGGCCAGGAGCUGUACCGCUUCAUGGUGAUGGAUUUCAUCUUCAUACUGGUGGACACACUCUUUGGGGAGCUGGUGUGGAGGCUAGUCUCUGAGAAGAAGCUGAAGAGGUGGCAGAAGCCGGAGUUUGACAUCGCCCGGAAUGUCCUGGAGCUGAUUUACGGGCAGACUCUGACCUGGCUGGGGGUCCUUUUCUCACCCCUCCUCCCUGCCAUGCAAGUCCUCAAGCUGCUGCUCCUUUUCUACAUCAAGAAGACGAGCCUGAUGGCCAACUGCCAGGCGCCCCGCAGGCCUUGGCUGGCCUCCCACAUGAGCACCGUCUUCAUCACGCUCCUCUGCUUCCCGUCCUUCCUGGGUGCCGCCAUCUUCCUCUGCUACGCCAUCUGGCAGGUGAAGCCUUCGAGCAUAUGCGGCCCCUUCCAGACCUUGGAUACCAUGUACCAGGCUGGCAAGGUGUGGGUGCACCGCCUGGAGCAUGGGGGGCCCAGAGUCUCCUGGCUGCCCUGGGUCCAUCACUACCUGCUGGAGAAUACCUCCUUCAUCUUCCUGGUGUCAGCCCUGCUGCUUGCUGUCAUCUACCUCAACAUCCAGGUGGUGAAGGGCCAGCGGAAGGUCAUUUGUCUUCUCAAGGAGCAGAUCAGCAAUGAGGGGGAGGACAAAGUCUUUUUAAUCAACAAGCUUCACUCUGUCUACGAGAGAAAGGAGAAGAGCAGGUGUGGGGCCACCCCGUGUGGCCCCUGCCCAGCUCCUAGACACACAGGAGGCCCUGUAGGAAGAUGUCUGUGGCCACUGACCCUGCCACGUCACCUUCUGUCCCCGUGGUGCUGCCAGGUGCAAAUGCUGUCCCGGUCAUCUCAGGGUGCUGGCCCUCUCAGCGACUCCCAGAGGCACCCCCACAAGCUGCAGCCUGGCUGGCCAGAGGUGGGAGAUUCUGGGCCCCCACGUGGACCCUUGCCCUGCUGGGACUUUUACUCUGAUUAAAUGUGCUUUGCAAACUGG